AAGACUAGUACAAUUCUGAAUAUCUAUUAUGAGUUAUGACAAUGCAAUACCCUUUUCUUAUCAUUUUUGUGUUUAUAUAUGUAUGUCAUAGGGAAGAAGAAGCAGCAGCAGAUGCUUGAAUCAGUUGCAGGCCACAAGAGUUCAGCUCAAACUUUCACAUUUAGACAAAUGGCUAACGCGACAAACAACUUCAGUAUCGAAAACCUCGUGGGUGAAGGUGGAUUUGGGAGGGUAUACAAAGGAUACAUUCCAGGUGUAGAAAAGGUUGUGGCUGUGAAGCAGCUUGACAGGAAUGGACAGCAAGGAAACAGAGAAUUCCUUUCUGAAGUUUUCAUGCUCAGCCUUGUUGAUCAUCCAAAUUUAGUCAAUCUGAUUGGAUAUUGUGCUGAUGGUGAUCAGAGAAUCUUGGUGUAUGAGUUUAUGGCGAAUGGAUCUGUGGAAGAUCACCUUCUAGAUCUUCCACCAAAUAAGGAGCCCUUGGAUUGGCAUACCAGGAUGAAGAUAGCCGAAGGAGCAGCAAAAGGACUCGAGUAUUUGCAUGAAACAAACAAGCCACAAGUGAUCUAUCGCGAUUUCAAAGCAUCAAACAUCCUAUUAGACGAGGAAUUUAAUUCUAAGCUCUCUGACUUUGGGCUAGCUAGGAUUGGUCCAACUGGGGACAAGGAACAUGUCUCGACUAGAGUCAUGGGCACUUAUGGAUAUUGUGCACCUGAGUACGCAAUGACUGGUCAACUCACCACAAAAUCAGAUGUUUAUAGCUUUGGAGUUGUGUUCCUUGAGCUUAUCUCAGGAAGGAGAGCCGUUGAUACUACUAAACCAACUGCUGAGCAAAAUCUGGUUUCUUGGGCAGAACCACUCUUCAAGGACAGGAAGAUGUUCACAAAAAUGGCUGACCCAUUGAUGGCAGACAAGUACCCUGUCAAAGGCUUAUAUCAAGCCCUUGCAGUGGCAGCUAUGUGUCUUCAGGAAGAAGCUAGCACACGACCUCUAAUAAGUGAUGUUGUAACAGCUCUCGAGUUUCUAGCAAAACCAGAAGAUGACCUUGGAAGCCCGAGAUCAGAUUCAAUCAUUAUAAGGGCUGUCGAAGCAGAAGACAUAGAGGGCGAACAAGAGGAACACCAUGAAGAAGAAGCAGAAGAUAAAAAGGAGGAACAUCAACAUGGAUAUGUGGUACAGCUAGGAACAUCACCCGAUCACAUGAUUUGAUGCAUGAACGCGUUCUACUCCUCCUGGAAAAGGUUGGGCAAUUCACCCAAACGGUUUGGUGGAGAACAAAAAGUUUAUCGACUCUAUUGUCCUUGCUAAUAAAAAAGCAACAUAUAAGUAGUAAGGGUAGUGGUACCAAUAUAUACUUCGUUAUCCAACAAACAGUUAUCUGGUUAGUGGUUUUCUUCCGAAACACAACUGGUCACCCCUUCCUCUGUCAGAGAAUUCUGGGUGAUGUAAAUUUUUUGAGGGAUAGGUUUUUGACCAUCCAAUGUAUUUAUAAUUAUGUAGAACUUGUAGAUUGUAGCAAAAGUUUCUCCCCUAUGACCAGAAGAAAUAGAUUCAAGGUCAAUUUAUUUUCUUUUUGAAAGGUCUUGUAUUUUAAGAAUGUAAGCACAGUGUCAGGUUGUCAAUUAUCAUAAAUCAAGAAUACUUGUUGAAAGGUCAUUCAACUUCAAAAGGUUGUUAAAAGAGAACCAUAUCAGAAUGUUUCUCUUCAACAUAGACCUGUCAAAUAAGUUGAUC